AUGGAAAACGUUCUCCAGCCAAGAGAAAUAGAAGGAAUAGUGAUAAGGAGAUUGGAGUCUGGAGACUUUCAGAAAGGAAUUAUUGAGCUUUUGUCAACAUUGACCAAGGUUGGAAAUUUGACUGAAGAAAUAUUUUGUAGGACUUUAAGCUUCAUGAAUAGCAGGCCUAAUGAAUAUUAUGUAAUUGUAUUUGAAGAUUUAGCUACACAAAAAUUAGUAGCUCAUGGAACAUUACUAGUAGAGCAAAAAUUACUAUAUGAAGGAGGCAAAUGCGGACAUAUUGAAGAUGUUGUAGUAGCCAAAAAUUGCCAGGGCAGGGGAAUUGGAAAGCAAUUAGUCACAUUUUUAGUGAACUUAAGUAGAGAGCUUGGCUGCUACAAAGUGAUCCUAGAUUGCAAAGAUGAGAUCAAAGGGUUUUAUGAAAUUUGCGGACUAGAGCAAAGAUUUGUGUGCAUGGCAAAAUACCAUAUGAAAUAA